CCGAAUUCAAAUUAAGAUCUGGACAUUGACAAGUCAGUUUGAAAAUUAUAGUGUUAGACUUUUAGUACUAAGUAGUAAUGACUAUAAGAAAUGAAUGAUGCACUUGCUGUCGUCAUUAGCAAACACAAUUAAGAAAUCUUAGAUUAGAUGAAUUAGUCCAAAACUUUGAAGCAAUCAAUAGAAAAACAAGGAAGAUGAGCAGCGGGGCACAAAAUAAGGUGGUGUGUGUGACGGGUGGUUCUGGUUACAUAGCUUCAUGGAUAAUCAAGUUCCUCCUGCAACGUGAUUACACUGUUAGAGCCACCGUUCGUGAUCCAAGUAAUCCGAAGAAGGUUGAGCACUUGCUGAAACUUGAAAGUGCAAAGGAGAGGUUGCAACUCUUUAAGGCAGAUCUUCUAGAAGAAGGUUCUUUUGACUCUGUUGUUGAGAUUCAUUAA